AUGAGGCAGAAUUCCCUCGUUAUUCCAUUCCCGGGCUCGGUGGUGGUGGAGCGCGUGUGGCCGGUGCCGCUGGCCCGGCUGGGAGCGGCUCCCCGGUUACACCCGCGCCGGCACCGCGUGUUCCGCCUGUUGAGGGACGGGAAGCACCUGCCCCGUUCCCACAUGGAGCUGCUCCUGACCCGCUCCGUGCAGGGCGUGGGCCGGCGCGGGGACGUGGUGAGCGUGGGGCAGCGCCUGGGCAGGAACCGGCUCCUCCCGCAGGGCCUGGCCGUGUAUCCGUCCCCGGAAAACCUGCGGAUGUUCCGGGAUCGGGAGAAGCUGGCUGAGGAGGGGAAGCUGCAGGAGCUCCAAACCCCGAGCGGGCAGAAGACUCUGGAAUUCCUGCGGAGCUGCCGCCUCCAGGUGGGGAUGAAGAACAACGUCAGCUGGGAGCUCAGCCCCGACAUCGCGGCCCGGCACUUCCUCAAGAACCUCGGGGUGUUCGUGCCCCCCCACGCCCUGCGCCUGCCACCGGAGCCCGUCCGGCGCUGGGGACACUUCUGGUGUGACGUCACGGUGAACGGGCUGGACACCGUGCGGGUUCCCAUGGACGUGGUGCAGUUCCUGCGCCCCAAAACCAAACGCUUCCGGCACUGGCAGGAGCAGCAGCGGCAGCAGCUGGAGAGGAGCCGGGAGCAGCUCCUCUGACACCCCCCGAGGCAUUUGGGGUCCCCCCAGAAGGAUUUGGGGUCCCCCCCCAGAAGGAUUUGGGGUCCCCCCCCGAGGAUUUGGGGCCGUUUCCCCCUCUUUGGGACCCCCCUGAGCUCUGGAAGUCCCGGACAUCUCCGGAUUCCCAGAGCAGCAGCUCCGGAGUUUUGGGGUUGUCCUGAGCCCCCCCAAAUCCCCCUGAGCCCCACUCUGCCCCAGGGGGGUCCCUGGCGUGGAUUUGGGGUCCCCAGAAUGGAUUUGGGGGUCUCUGGGAUGGAUUUGGGGUCCCCAGGAUGGAU